AUGACAACCAGGAGUGAUGCCAAACAGGAAAAACCCGAAAAAACUACUAGUGUUCCCAGCGACGGUUCUACGUCACGCGUAGAAACAAUAGAAAAAAUAGAAUUAAAUGUUCUACUUAAAUUCAUAAAACCAUUCGACGGGUCCAGAGAAAAGUUAAACCCAUUUAUUUCCAACUGUCAGAGUGCGUAUAAUUUAGCUAACAAAUUCCAAAAACCAAUACUAUUCAAGUACAUACUAAGCCAACUAACUGAUAGGGCCGAAAGUACGUGCAGUAUAAAGGAAUUUGAAUGUUUCGAACAGUUCAUAGAAUUCUUAAAACAACAAUUUGGAGACAGGAAGCAUUAUACUCACCUACUUUCCGAAUUACAGGAAUGUAAACAAGGUUCAACAGAAACGGUAAACCAGUAUGCUCUUAAAAUUGAGACAAUAUUGUCUAAAUUACUCACUGAAAUUAAAAUGUCAAUUAAAAAGAAAACGGAAAUGGCGGGCCGCGUUGCAGCAAUGGAGGACCUCGCGUUACACACAUUCACCGUAGGUCUCCACCCACGACUCUCCCAGAUAGUGCGUUGUCGUGACCCUGAUUCAUUAAAUUCAGCUGUAGGAUUUGCAGUAGCCGAAGAGAAAAUAUUAUCAGCCUCUUACAGGAAAGUAGCCUUACCAAAUUCCAACUACGCCGAAAGGACCAAAUUCACUCCUAAACGUGAUUUUCAAACGCAGUUACAUCGCCCCCGAAACACACAAAAUCCGCGACCCGACUUCACAAGGAAAAUAAACACGGGGGAUCUAGUCUGCCGUUACUGUAAGAAUAUAGGACACGCAAUUGAAAACUGCCGUAAACGACAGUAUAAUAAUAGCCGAUAUCAACCUAAUACUCCGACGCCAAAUAACUUGCCUCAAAAUUCACCUCACAGAACCUUUACCGUUGACUGCUCAGAUGAUACGGGAGUUGAUGAAGUCGAUCACAAAGAACAUUUAAACUAUUAA